AUGGCCUCCAGCCUCACCUGUGCUGGUAUCAUCUGGGCUUUCCUCUCCUUCCUCUGUGCCGCUGCCUCCUGUGUGGGCUUCUUCAUGCCCUACUGGCUCUUGGGGUCUCAGCUGGAGAAGUCAGUUUCCUUUGGCACUUUCCGGAGGUGUUCCUACCCAGUGCGGGAUGAGAGCCGCCAGAUAACCGUGAUGGUGGAGCAGUGUGGUCGCUAUGCCUCGUUUCAGGCCAUCCCAAGUGCUGAAUGGAGGAUCUGCACAGUGGUGACGGGCCUGGGCUGUGGCCUGCUCCUCUUGGUUGCCCUGACAGCGCUCAUGGGCUGCUGUGUGUCUGAGCUCAUCUCCAGGACUGUGGGCAGGGUGGCAGGAGGCAUCCAGUUCUUGGGGGGUUUAUUGAUUGGCUCUGGUUGUGCCCUUUAUCCUCUUGGCUGGGACAGUGAAGAAGUCAGACAAACCUGUGGUAACCUUUCCAACCAAUUCGAAUUGGGGACCUGCCACAUCGGCUGGGCCUACUACUGCACGGGCGGGGGUGCAGCAGCAGCCAUGCUGGUGUGCACUUGGCUGGCCUGCUUCUCGGGCAAGAAGCAGAAGCAGUACCCCUACUGA